CCAACGGAUACUAGAUAUAAGAACCACAUGGUCCAUGGAUCAUAAAGGUCGUCUUUAGCAGUGUUCACUCAUUCUUCAAACAGACCUCACAACUUCCUUGACUAGACUUAUUUCUACAGCCAUGGCAUCCAUCGACGACCUAUUCUAUACCCAUCCCUUUCAAAUAACCAAACAAAUUCGACGUGACGUGUAUGAAUACAUAUCGCCCUCAAACCCAUUAAACAAACAAUCCGGCAAAAUCAUUGUCAUCACUGGCGGCGGAACUGGCAUUGGUGCAUCAAUAUCACGGAUCUGGAUCCAAGCUGGAGCUGAAGGAGUCGUCAUCGCCGGCCGACGGAAAGAUGUUCUCGACAAAACCGUGCAAGAAUUGAAAGGAAUUGCCCCCGCAGGCACAAAAGUCCUCGGCGUGCAAGCAGAUGUAGUGCAAGAAAGUGAUAUGAAGGGUCUUUUUGAAACAGUAAAGACCACUUUUGGCCGCACUGCAGAUGUCGUGGUAGCAAAUGCUGGAUAUGUUCCACCGUCAACCUUGGUUGCUGAGCAAGAUAUCAGUACAUGGUGGCAAGGCUAUGAAGUCAAUGUCAAAGGACUGCACAACACUGCGGUACAAUGGAUUCGCAGCCAACACAACCCCAAGGAACCUCAAGGAACAUUCAUCAGUGUGAGUUCAGCGUUAGGUGGGUUCGCAUUUCCUGGGGGCAGUAGCUACGGUAGUUCGAAACUGGCAGGUCAUCGAUAUGUCGAAUAUCUCGGUCUGGAAUACCCCAAGAUUCGAACAUUCAUAACAAUACCCGGCAUCGUUGCGACAGAGGCUCUUGAAGAAUGGCUACUGCCAUAUGCGAAGGAUUCGGUCGAGCUGACUGGUGCUUUGAGCUUGUAUUUGUCAACGAAUCGGGCUGACUUUCUCAAGUCCUCGCUGAUCAGCGUGAACUGGGAUGUCGAAACCCUUGAGCGUCAUCAGGAUGAGGUGCAGCGCGGAGCUCUGAAGUUGCGAUGGGUCGGGCAGCUACCGCGGACCGAAGGUGGUGAACAGGGCAGUCUCUGGGAGUAGCAUGCUGGGAGUCGAGGGUGACAGCAGGGAGGAUAUGACUAUUUGAUGAGAUAGGAGGAAGAUGGGUGCGGAAUGGAAGUUGCUGGAUGAGAUCAGCAUCAUUCUAUAUCCGUACGCAUAAACUUAUCGUGGCCGAUAGAGGUUGGAAACGACUUUGUAUAUAGUUCUGAAUGCGAUCAUAGAUGACUUCGUGGUA